ACAUACACAAAUACACACUUUAAAGAAAAGAGAACAUAAAAAAACAGAACUAAAAUAAGAAAACUACAGGCAGCGCACGACUGUUACUAGUACCUAAUAAAAUUGCAGGUUUUAUUUUUUUUCUUGAAUUUCUUAUAGUUAGUUCCGUGGAUAUUUGUUGUCACUCGGAACAGUUUGAGUGCUCACUGCGGCGGCCGUGAGUGUCCUGAAGCAGCAUCUUGCAUAGAAACACAACUCAGAGGAGUCAUAGAAUCAAACCAGAUGUAUAUUUUUUAAUAUUCUGUGGGCGACAAUCGCAGACAGUCUUCAGGAGGAUGAGAAAUAAAACACACAUGCUGUAAAAGGUUAUUCUUCUGAAAAAGAAACUACAAUGGAAAAGUCAUGGAGGUUGUGGACCAUUGCUCAAAAGUGGUUGUUAAAUUUGGCAUCGUGGUCCUGGGGGCUGUGCCGCAUCUCACUGCUGGCUCUGAUAUUAACUUUUCAUCUGUACGGUGGCUUUAUGUUACUUGCACUGAUACUUGCUUCAGUAGCAGGUAUAUUGUACAAAUUCCAAGAUGUGCUGCUGUAUUUUCCCGAUCAGCCUUCCUCUUCUCGCUUGUAUGUUCCUGUGCCUACUGGGAUCCCACAUGAAAACAUCUUUGUAAAAACCAAAGACGGUGUACGUCUUAAUCUCAUUCUGCUUAGAUACACUGGUGACAAUCCAGCAUUUUCACCCACCGUUAUCUACUUCCAUGGGAAUGCUGGCAACAUUGGUCACCGGAUACCCAAUGCACUGUUAAUGCUGGUCAACUUGAAGGUGAACGUAAUACUGGUUGAUUACAGAGGUUAUGGCAAAAGUGAAAGUGAAGCAAGUGAAGAUGGGCUGUAUUUAGAUUCCGAAGCUGUGCUGGACUAUGUCAUGACCAGACCAGACAUAGAUAAAACUAAAAUCAUUCUGUUUGGCCGCUCAUUAGGAGGAGCAGUAGCUGUCCAUCUGGCAUCUGAAAAUCCUCAUCGGAUCUCUGCCAUAAUGGUAGAAAAUACAUUUCUCAGCAUCCCCCACAUGGCCAGUACUUUGUUUUCUUUCUUUCCAAUGAAAUAUCUUCCACUCUGGUGCUACAAAAACAAAUUCCUGUCCUACAAGAAAAUUGCACAAUGCAGGAUGCCUUCGCUUUUCAUCUCCGGACUGUCUGACCAGCUCAUUCCACCAGUCAUGAUGAAGCAGCUGUAUGAACUUUCUCCUUCCCGGACUAAGAGGUUUGCCAUAUUUCCAGAUGGCACUCACAACGACACCUGGCAGUGCCAAGGAUACUUCACAGCCAUUGAACAAUUCAUUAAAGAACUUAUAAAAAACAAUUCUCAUGAAGAAACAACGAUAGCAAUGUCAAAUGUAACAAUUAUAUGAAUCUGGCUUUCUGAUAAUGCAUCGUUUUGUGAAAAGUGGUAACAGAAUGUAACUUUUUAUGUGUAUUUUGUGGGGGUGAGAUUAAAUUCAAAAUGCCAUUUCUGGAUCUUCAUUUUUCUUCUCUAAGGUGAAUGCAUGAGUGUUCCUUUAUGAUUUGAAAAUAUUUUUCAAUAGGUUUCUUUUAAGAACAGUUAUUUUAUUAAACAACAUGUACAAGUAUUACUAAAGCUUUCAUGGUUUGCUAGAAAUGUGUUUUUAAAUGACAUGGUGUUGGCUCAAAUGCUUACCUUGCUAAAAUAUUGCUUGAUCUCUCUGAUAUUAACAUCAUUUAUAUGCUAAUAUCAGUAGACAUAAUAAUUCUCUGCACGUCUUCCAGGGAAUAAAACCAUACAAAAAAAAAACAAAAAACCUUUUGUGUAUCUCUUAAAAAAAUAAAAUAAAAAAUAAUAAAAUAAAUUGCAGUAGUAAUAUAUUAAGCCAUUAAAACAAAUAUUAUGUAUUUCAUGAAUAAUUUUGUCUAGCGCAUUGCACAGAUUUUCUUUUCUGUUUUCUAAAUAGUUUUUUACAGUGUGAUUAAGUUACUGUACGUGGCUCAAAGAAACACAUCUAAUCUUAAUUACUCCUUCCCUCCUAAAAUCAGUUGAUUAUAAAUUUGACAUGAUGAGGAUGUUCUUGUUUUGCUCUACAGUUCAUACACGUUUGCCGACAGGUUUAGUAGUACGUGCAAGUAAUUUAUGUACAUACUAUAAUAUGAGCUGUUUUGAAUGUGAAUUGUAGCCUUACAGAAAUAUUGUACAUUAAAAUGCCAUCACUAAUGCAAUACAGCCCUUGCAGAAUUCAGAAGUGUAAGAAAACACUUCCUUAUUCUGUAUUCAUUCAACCACAAAAUUCAUCUUGUGAUAUUGAUGAAGCUUCAUAAUAUAUUCUUUUUUUUCAUGAUUGCUGACAUUUUUUAUUUUCAAAAUGUGCCACCUAGCCCCUCGUCUGAACUUUGAGUCCUGUAUACACCCAGUGCUUAGUAAGUAGUUAACUAAACUACAAACGAAAGUUAUGCAAUUUUAAUAUUACAGUUGUAUUUAAAAAAAAAAAAAAAAAAAAAAAAAAAAGAAAGUUUCAUUACACUCAGCAUUGGAAUUGGAUAUAUGUGUUGGUUUGUAGUGGCAUGUCCACUUAUUCUUAUUAGGUAACAAAACAAAAAAAAAUGAUUUAUUUAACAGCCUGACAGAAUUACAAACAAACAUCCAAUACGUCCCUUUAAAUUUACAGUAUUGUGUAAUCUGAAUGUGUGUAGCGUUGUUCUUUACUUCUGGUUUUCAGUGUGAUUGAAGUUUAUGGAUUUCUAUUGUGUCGUACUAAGAAAAAGAACUAACUUUUGUUGUUAUUGCCUCUGUAUUUAUGGUCAGUCACCAUAAAAGUGUGUACUGUAUGUAUGCUAACACAAGAGCUCUUUCACUGCAUCGAAGUCAUAAUGAGUGAUUUUUCUACAUUUGUUUUUUUAAUACACCAGUCACACUUUCUAUUUGCUGUAUUGUUACAUGCAAUAAAUUAUUAAAAUUAUCUUCUGUGUCUAUUGAGGCAGUACUGCUCUUUCAUAGUUUACAAAGAUCAUGUUAUGUUAUAAAUAUCAGACUUAUCAUUAACUGGCACCAAAUGCAUUCCCAGUAAAGAAAUACAAUUAUGAAAGCAUAUGCAUGACAUUAAACACAGUGUGCAAGAUGUCUACUGUAAUUCAGGUAAAUUAAAAAAAGCUAUUAAUGCCCAUCACUUAAUACUUCAAUGUAAUUGAAGUGAUCUGUAAAUAGACAGUAUGAUCAUUAUGGUUGCAGGAUCACACUGCUGGAUGUAAUUGUAAUGUAAUUUAAAAAAAUAACCUAUGGAACGGUUCAUAUUGUAAGGAUUUGACAGUCUGUCUCAGGUACCAAAAAUGUUUAGAAAAUAUAUCUUAAAAUCUUUUGUACAGGUACUGUAGGAAAUUGAAUCAAGUGUACAAGAAGAUGCUCGCUUCUGAGUCAAUACAAUUGGGACAAAGGGUUUUAAUAGUAAGGAAGGCAGUUAUUCAAGUACAGCCUCCUCUAGGUCUCUGUUUAACUGUAUAUGACAAGUGCUUUUGAAGAUACUGGAUUGUAAAAAUAAAAAGUCAUUUUCA